AUGACAAGAGUAUUGGCCGGCCCAUACUGCACACAAAUCCUUGGAGAUCUUGGCAUCAAAAACAACCAGUUGACCUGGAACAGAGCAGAUGUAAUCAAGAUCGAACACCCAACAAGAGGAGACGACACUCGAGCCUGGGGCCCUCCAUACGCGCAAUACACCAACGGCGAAGACGGUCCGGGUGAAAGCGCAUACUACCUGGGAGUAAACCGCAACAAACGCUCAAUAGGCCUAUCCUUCCAGCACCCAGCCGGCGUCGACAUCCUCCACCGCCUAGUCAAAGAAUGCGACGUCCUCGUCGAAAACUACCUGCCUGGUUCUCUCGCCAAGUACGCCAUGGAUUACGACACCGUCUCCAAACUCAACCCACAACUCAUCUACGCCUCCAUCACCGGCUACGGCCAGACAGGUCCCUACAGGAACCGCGCCGGCUACGACGUCAUGGUCGAAGCCGAGAUGGGGCUUAUGCACAUCACCGGCUCGCGUGACGGACCACCCGUUAAGGUUGGUGUAGCAGUCACAGAUCUAACCACCGGACUCUACACAUCGAACUCAGUCAUGGCUGCCCUUUUGGGUCGAGCACGAACAGGAAAAGGUCAGCACAUCGACGUCGCACUGAGCGACUGCCAAGUCGCCACGCUCGCAAACAUCGCAUCCUCCUGCUUGAUCAGCGGCAAGAAAGACACCGGGCGCUGGGGAACCGCACACCCAAGUAUCGUGCCAUACAAAGCAUUCAAGACCGCCGACGGAGACAUCCUUCUCGGCGGCGGAAACGAUCGGCUGUACGGUGUGCUGUGCAAUAAACUUGGCAAACCAGAAUGGAUCACUGACGAGCGAUUCAAAACGAAUGCCGUGCGCGUCAAGCACCGGGACACACUCGAAGAGCUCAUUGAGAACGAGACACGGCAGAAGAGUACGCAGGAGUGGCUUGAAAUCCUGGAGGGUUGCGGGAUGCCGUACGCAGCGAUCAAUGAUGUGCAGGACACGCUGAAUCAUGAGCAUGUGCUGGCAAGAGAUAUGGUUAAGGAGGUGGAGCAUCCGGCAUGUGGGACAAUUAAGAUGGUGAAUACGCCGGUGAAGUGGAGUGAUAGUAAGCCGGGGAUUAGGAUGCCGCCGCCGACGCUGGGGCAGCAUACUGAUGAGAUUUUGGGAGAGACGCUGGGGAUGAGUAAGGACGAGGUGGAGGCACUGAGGAAUGAGGGUGUCAUCGCGUAG